AUGAGUGUCCCCGUAUUUGUUCUUACACUAUUGUUUGUUUUCACAUCGAAUGCCAAAGUUUACUUCGAAGACAGAUUCACUGAAGGAAAUAUAAAUAAAUGGGAAAAGUCCAAGUACGAAGAAAGCACUCUCGGUGUAUGUGAAUUCGCAAAGCCUAAGGACAUUUUCGACGAGAAAGAAGAUGGUGGUAUUAAAACCACACAGGAUGCCCGGUUCUAUCGCUACUCAGCUCCGCUUUCCACGCCCUUCUCAAACAAAGACAAGACCAUAUGUGUGCAGUUUACCGUUAAACACGAGCAAGAUAUUGAUUGCGGAGGCGGGUAUAUUAAGCUGCUCGGAGAUGACUUCAAACCAGCAGAUUUCCAUGGCGAAAGCGCCUACGAGAUCAUGUUUGGUCCCGACAUCUGCGGAUACGACAAGAAAAUGGUUCAUGUGAUUUUCUCCUACAAAGGAAAAAAUCACCUUGUUAAGAAGGACAUUCCGUGCAAGUCAGAUACCCUUACUCAUCUCUACACCCUGAUCGUCCGACCUGACAACACUUUUGAGGUUUUAGUCGACCAAAAGAGCGUGGAAAAUGGGUCACUUGUCGCGGAUUUCGAAAUGAUCCCUCCGAAGACAAUUGAUGAUCCUGAAGCCAAAAAACCUGAAGAUUGGGUUGACGAGGCUGAAAUUCCAGAUCCUGAUGACAAGAAACCCGAUGACUGGGAUCAACCCCAGACCAUUGUUGACAAGGACGCCAAACAGCCAGAAGACUGGAAUGAGGAGACCGACGGUGAAUGGACUCCCCCGAUGAUCGACAAUCCCGAUUUUAAAGGCGAAUGGCAUCCCAAGAUGAUCCCUAAUCCUGCCUACAAGGGCGAGUGGAAACCGCCUCAAAUACCUAAUCCAGACUUCUUUGAAGAUCCCAUGUUGUACGCUCGUUCGUUCGCCCACAUUGGUCUCGACCUGUGGCAAGUGAAAUCUGGAACCAUCUUUGACAAUUUCAUCAUCUCUGACGAUGUGUCUGAGUGCCAAGCCCAUGGCGAGUACUGGCGGAAGCGAUUCGACUUCGAAGAAGAACUUGAGAAGAAGAAGCUUGAGGAGAAGCAAAAGACGCCUGCGUCUGACGAAAUCCCGAGUGAUGAAGCUGAUGACGAUGAGGCGGAAAGUGAAGAUAGCGACGAGAAGGACGCCGAUGAAUUCCCAGAAAAAGACGAGAGUGAAUCUUCAGCUAAAGAGGAAGACGAGAUUUCAGCCAAAGAGGAGGGCGAGUCUUCAUCGAAAGACGAGUUGUGA